AUGAUCAAGCCGAGGACUGACCGCCCCGUCGCUAUUCUAGGCGCUGGAGUCCUUGGUCGCCGCAUCGGAUGUAUUUUUGUCGCAGCUGGCUACAACGUUCACAUUCGUGAUCCGUCAGCGGAAGCCCUCGAUGCUGCUAUCGAAUACAUCCACGCACACAAGGAUGAAUUCUCCCUUCUGCCUCGGACCAGCAAAGAGAAGAAAAACAUUAUACACGCCAAUGGAGUGAAUAGCAAAGCUUCGUUUGGCAUCUGCAAAACAUUCGCCGAUAUUGGGCCGGCUGUCUCAAAUGCAUGGCUUGUUAUCGAAGCUGUUCCUGAGAAGCUCGAUUUGAAAAUCGAGACCUUUGCUGAAGUUGACGCUAAAUCACCCGUGGAUUGUAUCAUUGGGUCGAAUAGCUCGUCGUACAAGUCCAGUUUGAUGGUGACUAAGGUCUCUGCUGCUCGUCAGCAUCGGGUUCUGAAUAUUCAUUUUACUAUGCCUCCUGAUAUUCUGGUUGUGGAAUUGAUGACCUGUGGUCAGACUGAUUGGGAUGUCCUCACUUAUGUCAAGGAUGUACUGGAGGAGUGUGGCGCGGUACCUGUGAUAGCUCGACGAGAGUCGACCGGUUUUAUCUUCAAUCGUCUCUGGGCAGCAGUCAAGCGUGAAAUUCUCCAUAUCCUCUCCGACGGUGUCAGCGACCCUGCCGAAAUUGAUCUUCUGUGGGACCACAUGUUCAGGAACGGGCCAUUGCCUUGUCAGUUGAUGGAUCAAAUUGGAUUGGAUACUGUUGCCUUCAUUGAGGAGAACUAUAUCAAAGAACGUGGCCUUGAGCGCGAGCCUACAGUGGAUUGGUUGAAGAAAGAAUAUCUCGACCAAGGACGCCUCGGCAACAAGAGUGAUAAGGGUGGACUAUACCCGCCGGCAGAGUCUACUGAGACCACAAAGUCUACCGAGAAGGGCAUCUACUUUCUUGACGUUGGUCUCGGUGGCAACGCGCCCGAAAUCUCAAAAGUUAACACAAAUGGCAAAAUCCUGCGACUCAAUCCGAUCACCCACAAAGUCACACCUAUUCUUACUGGAGAGAAUCUGCCUGACGGAAUAGACGUGUCCGAGUCCACCCGACAGAUGUUCUGGACGAACAUGGGUCACAGCCUAGCCGCUCGUGACGGAUCGGUCUGGUCUGCGAACAUGGACGGCAGUGACAAGAAAUGUCUUAUACUAUCAGGAAAGGUCCACACACCAAAACAGCUUGUAGCUUGUGAGGCCAGAAAGCAAGUGUACUUCUGUGAUCGCGAAGGUCUAGGUGUUCACCGCUGUGACUACGAUGGCAAGAAUCACGAGAUCUUGGUCCAACGACAUGCGGAGCCCGGCAGCGCAUUAGCAGAUACGAUGACACUAUGGUGCGUCGGGAUUGCCGUCGAUGCUGAGCGUGGUUUGAUUUAUUGGACUCAGAAGGGGCCUAGCAAAGCAUCACGCGGCCGCAUCUUCUGUGCGGGGAUCGACAUUCCGGCAGGAGAGACGGCAGAUAACAGAACUGAUAUCAGAUGUUUGAUGGAAAACCUUCCUGAGCCGAUCGAUAUUGAACUCGACCAGGCGACUCAGAUGCUCUACUGGACAGACCGUGGCGAGCAUCCCACUGGAUGUGCAGUUUAUCAUGCUUACGUUGGUGGAAACGCUGUGGACUUGCAGAAAACUAUUUUGGCGCGCCACUUCCACGAGCCGAUUGGACUGAAGCUGGACAAAGAGAAUAACGCUGUUAUUGUCGCAGAUCUUGGAGGAAGUUUGUACUCCGUUGCAUUGAAAGACGGACUUAAGACGGAGUUGUUGCGUAAUGAUGGCUGCUACACGGGAAUCACUUUGGUUUAG